AUGUUAUCAACUAAAGUAACUAGUAAAAAGUGGAUAAGUGAGGAAACUCCCGAUGAAGAAGAAUUGUUCUCUCAUUGCCGCGAGAUGGAAAUGGUUUGUUUUGCUGUUACUAAAGUGAUAUUAGACUCUGAUAACAAAUGGAAGGGUGCACUCGGUAAAAAUAAUUCGCAUUCGCUGUCCAAUCGGAAUUAUAUUAUGGAAUUAGUUAAUAUACAGGUAUUAGAUCAAAUAAUAGAAUAUUUAACAAAAUUAGUGAAAUCAUUUUACAAAUUGAAUCCGAAGUUGGCUCGUUUGAAAAAAGACAAUGGUUUGCUUUUAAGUAAACAUGAUCAUAUUUUUGAUAAAUUGUGUAGCAUACGGUUUGUGAUGUUGCAAAGUAUACACGGACUUAUAAAUACUAUACUGAACACUUGUCUACAUCGAGAGGACUCUAGGAAAAUGAUCGAGUCUUGUUUAAGUACCCUAACGAAGCACAUCACGCCACCUACUUCAACAAUGUCUCGAAAUAUGGUUGACAAGCGAAGGGACGCGUUCAUAGUGAACAAGAAACUAAAAAUGAAGCAAGCACAGAGUCUAAUAGAAUUGAAAAACGAACACAAUAAACGGCUGAACGAACUUGUGACGACACAGAAUUCCGACGCUGAGGUACCUUAUAUGUCGCUCAUGACCAAUGAGUAUACGUUGGAACAUAUUUUUAACACUGAAGACAAUAUAAACAGUAUCCUACAAAGCGAAGAAAUGUACAUAGAAAUACUUUUAGAUACAGUAGCAAACAUGUCUCCGAACUUAUUGGGACAUAAUGGUGUGAAGAAAUUAAAAAACGGUCGAAUUCAAGCCAGCAAGAAAGCAGCUCAUAAAGUGACUGAAUAUUACCAAAAUAUACUUUGGGGUGAUGUUGGUAGCUGCCUGGAGCAUAUCGUUUUAUGGUGGUCGCACUAUCCAUUAGCUAUGAGGUCACCGAAUACAAGUCAAAAUCUGCGUGAGUGGUUAUUCGCUACGUUCAAUGUUAACAAUACUCCAGAAUUAAUAUUGUCAGCAUUGAGAAUAUUAGCGGAUGCUUUAGGAUGUCACGUGACGUCGACAUCUUGGGAUAAGUAUUUUGGUGCAACUCUUACUACAAACUUAAAGUCAACGACGUUAAAGAUUAACCCCGAGAUAUCUUUAUACAUAACGGAGAGUACAGAGUCUGGCGCUAGUUUCGCUUUAAUGCUACAAUCCUUGGUCACUCUAAACAACCAAUGUGAAGUAACCUGGGACUACAUUCUAGGAGCCCCACUAGAAGACUUACCUAUUGUCGAACAAAUACCUAUCCUGCAUCGAUUAGAUCACUCAAUUCACACGUACCGGCUGUGGUGCUUGGCAGAGACGCGACGUUUAGCCAACUUGUGGGAAAUGAAAGACUUCUUCCGUAUUGCACACAAUGAUAUGCAAGCUUGUAUGGAGCAACUCAUCAACUUGAGAUUUGCUGAUCAUACAGUCACUAUUGAAUCAGGUAAAAUUGGAGUUCAUGAAAAUGUAUGCGCCAAGAUGAGGGAAAAUUGGUUUCGGAAGUAAAAGUCAACAUACAAAAACUUAAG